GCCGAGGCCCGCGCCGUGGGCUGCCGGGUCAGCUUCGUCCUGCGAGCGCCGGGCAAGACGCGCCCGCAGCGCAGCGCCGUGGUCCGGCCGAGCCGCAAGGCCGCCUUCGACCAGGACGUGUGCCUGGACGGGCUCUCAGAGGACCAGGUGCGCCGCCUGGCCGUGCGCGUCAAGGCGGAGAAGCGGGGCCGCGGCCGGGAGCGGGGCCGCCUGCUGGGCCAGGGCGAGCUGCUGCUGGGCUCGCUGCUGCUGCCCUGAGGGCGCCCGCGCCGCAGGCCGUCCCCUCGGGGCGCCCUCCGCCCGAUGGGACCUCGGACAAGGACAGCCGCUUCGUACAAAAUAAA